GAGGUAGCUUGCCUGUAAUUUAGCGAACUACCUAACGUUUCACAGUUAUUAUUUAGAAGCCAACUGCCUGCAAUUAAGUGACCAAACUUUGCCGCUGUGCUGUAGCUAACAGCAGCAGCGAACUAACCACUCGCUGGACGAUUUACCUUUGUUACUCAGCAUCGGGCUGUCGGCGACAUUCCAGAUCUUCGGACUACUGCCAAUUUAGUAAACAAUUGUUCACCUGUGUCGCAGACACAGUGAUGGGGCUUUGGUGAUCCUGAAGGAGAUCCCGGUUGAGCAGAUGACACGAGAUGAGCGGCUCUCUGCGCAGAACGAGUGCCAGGUGCUGAAGCUGCUCAAUCACCCCAACAUCAUUGAGUACUAUGAGAACUUCCUGGAGGACAAGGCACUCAUGAUUGCUAUGGAGUAUGCGCCAGGUGGGACCUUGGCUGACUACAUCCAGAAGCGCUGUAACUCCCUGCUGGAUGAGGACACCAUCAUGCACUUCUUUGUGCAGAUCCUCCUGGCACUCUACCACGUGCAUAACAAGCUCAUCCUGCACCGGGACCUCAAGACCCAAAACAUCCUGCUGGACAAACACCAGAUGAUCGUCAAGAUUGGGGACUUUGGCAUUUCCAAGAUCCUUGUCAGCAAGAGUAAAGCUUACACGGUAGUGGGGACUCCGUGCUACAUCUCCCCUGAGCUGUGUGAGGGGAAACCCUAUAACCAGAAGAGUGAUAUCUGGGCUCUGGGCUGUGUGCUGUAUGAAUUAGCCAGCCUAAAGAGAGCCUUCGAGGCAGCGAACCUUCCUGCCCUGGUACUGAAGAUCAUGAGCGGUACUUUUGCUCCGAUCUCGGACCGGUACAGCCCAGAGCUCAGGCAGCUGAUUCUAAACAUGCUGAAUCUGGACCCGUCCAAUCGACCGCAGCUGAGCGAGAUCAUGGCUCAGCCCAUCUGUGUUCGGCCUCUCCUCAACCUCUGCACCGACAUUGGCAACGUCAAAAUGCGCAGGAUCGAGAAGCCGCUGUCCUCUGUUCAGGCAGGUGCUCAUGGGAGACCAGGAGCUCGAGUCCCCAGCAGUAGGUCCAGAGGCACAGGAACUAUGGGACAUCCUCUCCCCCUGUCCUCUGUCUACACCUGGGGAAGUGGCAUCUCUGCACCCCUCCGCCUACCCAUGCUCAACACCCAGGUGCUGCAGGUGUCUCUGGGCCGGACACAGAGAAUGGGCGUCACCAAAUCCGGCCGCCUCAUCACCUGGGAGGCUCCCUCUGUGGGGUGUGGAGAGCCCUCUCUUCCUGGGACGGUGGAGCACAUGCAGCCACAGUUCAUCUCCCGCUUCCUGGAGGGGCAGUCAGGUGUUACCAUCAAAUCUGUGUCCUGUGGGGACCUCUUCACCACCUGUAUGACAGACAGAGGCAUUAUAAUGACAUUUGGGAGUGGAAGCAAUGGCUGCCUUGGACAUGGAAACUGCAAUGAUGUAACUCAGCCCAAGAUUGUGGAGGCUUUGCUGGGAUACGAGCUGGUACAGGUGUCCUGCGGGGCGUCACACGUUCUGGCCGUGACCAAUGAGAGGGAAGUGUUUGCUUGGGGCAGAGGGGAUAAUGGCCGUCUGGGUCUGGGCAGCCAGGACUCACACAACUCCCCACAGCAGGUGUGUGUGCCGCCGGAGUUUGAGACCCAGCGCGUGCUGUGUGGGGUGGACUGCUCCAUGAUCAUCAGCACUCAGCACAGCAUCCUGGCCUGUGGCAGCAACAGAUUUAAUAAACUAGGUCUGGACAAGAUUGAUGGUACAGAAGAGCCGUCUCCCUCCAAUCAGGUGGAAGAAGUUACCACUUUCAGCCCAGUCAGGUCAGCUCCUCUGAACGUUGAGAAGAUUGUUUACAUUGACAUUGGAACCGCCCACUCUGCUGGAGUGACAGAGAAGGGCCAGUGCUUCACCUUUGGGAGUAACCAGCACGGGCAGCUGGGCUGCAGCACCCGCAGGGCCAGCCGGGUGCCCUACCCAGUGCCGGGGCUGCAGGGCAUCGUCAUGGCUGCGUGUGGGGAUGCGUUCACAUUGGCCAUCAGUGCAGAGGGUGAGGUAUACACCUGGGGGAAAGGGGCCCGUGGCAGGCUGGGAAGGAAAGAGGAGGAUUCUGGGAUACCAAAGGCAGUGCAGCUCGAGGAGAGGCAUCCGUACACUGUUCUGUCAGUGGCCUGUUGUCAUGGAAACACUCUCCUGGCUGUGAAACCUUUUAUAGAGGAGUCUGUUCCCAGGUGAUCCUCCAUGCCACCAGCCUGGAUAGCCAGAGAUCAAGAUGGAUUCCUAUAAAGUUCCUCUAUUUGAGGUACCGGUAGAUUAUUGGGCUACAAAGGAUAUGCUUGAGAAAUAUGGGCCAUACAUGCACAGUAAUUUGUAUAUAUAUUUUCUGACUUGUCCUGGCUCUUAAGAUUAUAAGGGCACAUUUUGUACAUUUCUGUUAUGGACAGUUUAUCAGCCAGUAUUACCUUAUUAUAAGGAAAUGUGAUCAGUGUGAACUACCAUGGUGUGCGUUGUCCGCUUUUGACAUCUCCAAAAUUUGGCAGGGCAAAUCCUGAAUACAUAACCAGAGAUGAUGUGGACCCGCCCGGCCCAUAGAAAAGCAAAAGACUGUGUGGUGCAGUGAAAUUCCCCUAUUUGACUGGGGGCUCAUUCCCCACCAGUUUUCGUAAUGUGAUUUCAUCUCUAUCAGUAUCCCUUUCCGCUUUCCCCCUGCCUGAAUUAAUAUUAAGUUGGAUAUACUGAUAACACAUAUUACAGUGACUUAUGUAACAUACAAAUAUAUAUAUACAAAUAUAUUUAACAUUAAGACUAAGUAUAAUUAACUCCACAAUAUUUAUUAAUAAUACAUAAUGAAAUUGUCUCCAUGGUCCCACAGAAAGCCAUUAAAACUAUCCUUGUGUGUAAACAUGUUAAAUAAAACAACUUGAAUAUCAUAUUUUUUAAAUAUAUAUGUAAAUUUGGCAUCUCCAAUCCCAACCGACUUUGAAAUGUUCAAUUUGCAAACUCAGUAUUAAGUACGUUCAUAUACGGCUACUGCUGCUGGCUCAGGAGAGUGAAGGCAAUCCGCGGUUCUCCUCCGAAACAUGCGCCUGCCAGCUGCAAGCCGCACAUGCACAGAGUAGGGGCGGAGGAGACCCAUUCAUACACGUGUGCAGACAGAGCUAGCCACGGGCACCAGCUGCGACGACCAACAGGAGUCACUUGAGCAACGAACAAUGCUAUAUAAUUAUGCACCGUUUCUGUGGGGCUGCUGGCCAUAGUCACAGACUGUGGUGCUCACUCAUGCGCCGCAAGCGGUGCUUCUACAAGAGUGAGCUAUACUCAGCAGCCCCCAGUAAUAUCAGUUUGAUUCUUUAUUCAAUUAUAAAAUAAAUUGUGUAUUUGUUAAAGAAAUUAGUUAACCAUGGUUUAGUGGAUGGCUUCACCGUAAUGUAACUCUUUUCAGGUGUAAAUGUCUAUUAUUGUCACUGCAUUUGUGUGUCAUUAUUGAAUCCAUAUUAAUGUGACGAUUAAAAUGACUAUGCCUGUC